CUCAUUGGUGGGGGGAAAACGCCGCGCUGGGUGGGAGCUGAGAGCGCGCCAGAGUGCGCUGCGGGCUUCUUUCCCCUUCCCCUUUUCUUAACCCUUCCGGGAGCGGAGGAACAGGGUGUGCUGCAGCGCCGACGAGCCGGGGCGCUGACUGCCCUGGGCUCCGGAAACUUUGCGCGGAGCGUGGGAUUGACCAGGCAGAGCCGAGCCGGCUGGCUGGCCUGGAAAGGGGCUGGGGAAGGGCGGCGGGAGGGAGGACUGACCCUCCGGCACCCCAGCAAUCUAGCCCCGACGCUGGAAAGGCAGGGGGUGCAACAGCAGCGGCUGCCAGGGAGCUGUCCCUUCAGCACCACGGACCUAAAGCCUGGGCGUUAGGGAGGCGGAGGCGGGGCAACAGGCGGGAGCUGUCCCUUCAGCACCGCAGACCUUUGCCCUCCGAUGAAACCGGCCGGCCCCCGCCCCAGGACUCCUGUCUUUUCUCCAGUUUGAGCGGGGGUGUCAGGAGCAGGCGGAGAGCUUUCCUGGGAGGCUGGGGAAGCAAUGAACACUCUUCUCAGCGACUCGCCUCCCAGCAGUGCUAUUUUUUGCCAUCCGCCUUCACCCCCAGCACACGCGCUCGCACACACACGCACGCACGCACACACACACACACAUAGACCUCUCUGGAUUUCUUUGCCUUGAGUCUCCCGGGGCUGUGAGGAGCCAGGCGCAUCUCAAACCAAGCUGGCAGCUCCAGGCUCCGGAGCCAUGCCCUGCACGGACCCUCAUCUUUACCAAGCUCCUGAGGAAUGAAAGGAACCCAGGGAUCCUCAGAAGGCAGCAGUGAUGUGGACCAACCCCCUGGAGCCUGCACCCUUCCAAGGGCCAUAGGCGACCCAGGGAACCGGAGAGAGCUCCAGACAGGAGAUCCCAGGUUUCCUAAAGUCUCUGUGGAUGGUGACAAAAGGAGACCUGAAUUUUUGGAAGAGCCUGCCCUAGGUUACCCAGCUGCAGAGUGAUUUUCCCCUCUGGCAUUGAACCUACCCCUCCAACCCCCAGCCAUCCAGAGUACCAUGAAGAAUUAUGAGGAUGUGUGACAGAGGUAUCCAGAUGUUGAUCACCACCGUGGGAGCCUUCGCAGCUUUUAGUUUAAUGACCAUUGCAGUGGGCACGGACUACUGGUUAUAUUCCAGAGGUGUGUGCAGGACUAAAUCUACAAGUGAUAAUGAAACCAGCAGGAAGAAUGAAGAAGUAAUGACCCAUUCGGGGCUGUGGAGGACCUGCUGCCUAGAAGGGGCUUUCCGAGGAGUGUGCAAGAAAAUCGAUCACUUCCCUGAAGACGCAGACUAUGAACAAGACACAGCAGAGUACCUCCUGCGAGCUGUGAGGGCCUCCAGUGUCUUCCCCAUCCUCAGCGUCACGCUGCUCUUCUUUGGCGGGCUCUGCGUGGCGGCCAGCGAAUUCCACCGAAGCAGACACAAUGUCAUCCUCAGCGCUGGCAUCUUUUUCGUCUCUGCAGGGUUAAGCAACAUCAUCGGCAUCAUAGUUUAUAUAUCAGCCAAUGCCGGAGACCCCGGGCAGCGUGACUCCAAAAAAAGCUACUCCUAUGGCUGGUCCUUUUAUUUCGGGGCCUUCUCUUUCAUCAUCGCAGAAAUCGUGGGAGUUGUCGCUGUGCACAUCUAUAUAGAAAAACAUCAGCAGUUACGUGCCAAAUCCCACUCGGAGCUCCUGAAGAAAUCCACCUUUGCGCGCCUUCCGCCCUACAGGUAUCGAUUCCGGAGGCGCUCAAGUUCGCGCUCCACGGAGCCCAGAUCCCGAGACCUGUCCCCCAUCAGCAAAGGCUUCCACACCAUCCCUUCCACUGACAUCUCCAUGUUCACCCUCUCCCGGGACCCCUCAAAGAUCACCAUGGGGACCCUCCUCAACUCCGACCGGGACCACGCUUUUCUACAGUUCCACAAUUCCACGCCCAAAGAGUUCAAGGAGUCGCUGCAUAAUAAUCCGGCCAACAGGCGCACUACGCCCGUCUGAACUGACCUCUGCCCUCUGGCCUCCGCCCCAGCACAGCCGCGGGGGCAGCGAACAGAGGUGGCCGGGAGGUUGCAUGGCAUGGUCCUCGUGAUGGUAUUACUUUUUACAAAGAAUGAAACCAAAUGGACUCAGCCCUCUCCCAAACUUGGCCCCGGGCCCUCCGGGUCCUACCCCCCUCCCCCAAGUCCCAUCCCUCCCCCUCCAGGCCCCCCCCCCCCCACUUUUCAAGCCAACCCCAUGAUGUCAUUUCUCUCUCUGUGUAUCUGUGCCAGAUGUUUUCCUCUCUUCCUUCUUUACUGGAAGGACCUCCACAUUCUUCCCUCCUUGGAAGAGGACUUUACUCAAAGUCACGGGUGGUGGCUUGGGGGGGAGGGGGACCCCCGAUUCCCCAGGCACGUGCAGUUGUUCCCAUUGCCCACUCACAUGAAUCCUCAGGACCCCAACCGCCCAGGUGGCCCCGAGGGAGGCAUUCACCUUUACGUGUUAGAAAAACAUGACCAGAAAUCAAAGAUGUCAGAGCCCUGAAGCAGCUAAUGUAAUAAGCACUCAUGUUAUUAAAGGUUUUGCCUUGUUGUAACCAA